CCGUGGCCCAAUCUGGAAGUCCAAGCAGAAAUGACCUGCGAAGGUCAGUCAGUCACACCCGAGGUUCACGCCAAAGUCGAAAAAGGCUUCUUCUUGUCGACCGUUGACCAAAAGUGGACUUGCUAUCGCCGCAAUUAUUUCUCUGUGCAAUGUCACUUCGAGUUGCACCCGAACAUCAACAAUGGCCGCAUGCACUUGAAGCGCAACAACAAUCAACACACGGAGCAGAUCCAGGCCAUGGGUAUGCGGCUAUCUGCUGCAGUAGAUGGCUCGACGGGGAAGCUCAUUGAGCUGAUUCAGCACACCCCGAAACGCGACCAUGGCCCAAAGACCAAGAUAGAUAUUGUCAAGGUUCCGCCAACCCCAUCUACGGGACGAAAUGAUCACACCGUAUCACCACACGGAAUCUACUCAGUGCCGAUCCAAGCAUUCCAUGCCACUGGUCAGGUACCUGGGCCGUUCCUGCCCUUCCAGCACAGCUCCGAUGGCUCGUCAUCCACCGCGACCACACAAGCGUCAAGCAUGACUUCUCACUACGGCUACUCGGCAAGCGCUGGUGGUCAUAUCCCCACGCCGGGUCAGAAUCCUGCGCACACCUUCGAACGAGUACAGUUCAAGCAGGCAACUGCGAAUAAUGGCAAGCGACGUGCAUCACAACAGUACUUUCACCUCAUCGUAGAACUCUACGCCGAUGUCCGGAAGGAGCAAAACGAUGCACCUCAGUGGGUGAAGGUCGCGCAUAGAGUGAGCGAGAAGAUUGUCGUUCGCGGAAGAUCGCCGAGCCACUACCAGAAUGAGGGCCAAAAUCAGAACGGCAGGACUGGGAGCUCAAGCGGCGGCAGUGGUCACAGCUAUGCGGCAACUACAACCUUUGGUAAUAUCUCCUCGGGCGGCUUCCGAUACGGCUCUGGUGCAUCUGGCACUGCUCUGAGCGGCGGCACAUAUCGUACCAAUGCGUAUGGCUACCAUCCGUCUCCCGAGCAUUCUGGCAGUAGCGCAUCGAGUGUGGACGGCGGAGCUGAGAACGACUAUCCAGCCGAUUCCGUCAUGUCCGAUGCAGAACGGAGCGACAUGCAGGCUCACGAAGGCUAUCGCUACUACCCUGCCCCACUUUAUGAAGGUCAAGGACUUCCGCUUCCCAAGAUUGAAAGCACUGCCCGGUAUUCCACCGAACCAUCAUCCUGGGCGGUCAAGUAUGAGAACUCUGACGCCGUCUCUGGUGCUCAGCAGUGGCCCAUGAGCAGGUUUCAAGGCGUCGACUCAAGUCGCGGCUACUUCCCA